AUGGCAACACUGGCAGCAGCCUCAGAGGCCAACAAGGCACAAAUCACCGCCCAAGAUGUGGUCGACAUAGUCGGAAGCCUCAACCUUUCCUUACCCGAAAGCGACGUGUCUCAAUGGCACGACAUCAUCGCCUCAGUGCAGGAAUCUAUUGAUGUGGUCAAUGCUCUGCCAGACUACGUGCCCAAUACCGACACGGAUCAAUAUCCUCGACAAGAUGUCCAUCGACCAACUCCGGAAGAGAAUCCCGGGAAUGCCUGGGCGUGGAAAGUGAGGAUCGAGGGCGACAAGGACGACUCAGCCAUUCUGUCUGGCGUCACGUUCGCGCUCAAGGACAACAUUGCCGUCAAGGAUGUGCCCAUGCUCGUAGGCACAGAUGUCUUCACCGACUACAUCCCCGACACGGACGCCACGGUGGUGCGACGGAUACUGAAAGCUGGCGGCACCAUCGAAGGGAAAGCUGUCUGCGAGAAUCUGUCGCUGUGUGCCUCGUCCUUCUCUGCAGCUACAGGACCGGUCGAAAACCCCUACGCCGAGGGCUACACGGCCGGUGGCUCGUCGAGCGGAUGCGGUCAUCUGGUAGGCGCGGCGAAAGUAGAUGCCGGCAUCGGUGGAGACCAGGGAGGUUCGAUCCGGUUUCCAGCCAGCUACUGCGGCAUUGUGGGCAUGAAACCAACCUGGGGUCUGGUACCAUGGACAGGCAUCAUGACCCAUGACCCAGUCCACGACACUGCUGGUCCGAUGACCCAGACAGUGGCCCUGAACGCCAAAGUCCUCCAAGCUAUUGCUGGCAGGGAUGACAUCGAUGAUCGACAAUACGCCGCACCGCUGCCCGCAGAUCUUCCCAACUAUUCGGAUUCCCUGGAAAAGGGUGUUGCGGGGCUUAGGAUUGGCAUCCUUCAGGAAGGGUUUGAUUUCGCGGUCAUAGAUCCCAGAGUCAAACAGAAGGUGUUGGAUGCCGCGGAGCGGUUCAAGAGCCUUGGGGCAGAGGUUCUUCCGAUCAGUGUGCCUUUGCAUACCCAGGCCGGGCAUAUUGUCAACUGCGCGUUGCGACCCACAGCCUCGCAACAGGGCUAUCUCGGAAAAGCGUGCGGUCGGAGGGCACUGUACAUGACAGGGCUGACCGAGAAGAUGAGUCCUUUGACCCAGGACAAAUUUGACAAGAUGUUCUCGACGUCCAAGUUCUCCCUCAUGUCGGGUCUCUAUGUCUGGUCAAAGCACCCCGCCCUCUACGGUAAGGCCAUGAACUUGUAUCGAAGGUUGCGGGAUGAAUAUGACGCGGCUUUGAGCCAGGUUGAUGUCCUCAUCACGCCCACAACGCCAUACGUUGCAAAUCGGCACGCGGCGAGGGAUGCUGGACCUGCAGAGCAAAUGGCUAAGAGUCGUGGUGUUGCGGUAAACACGGUCUGUUUCAAUGCCAGUGGUCAUCCAGCCCUAAGCUUACCUAUCGGCUAUUGUUCCGCUGAAGACGAUGACAGCAUCAAGUUGCCUGUUGGGAUGCAAAUUGUUGGAGGAAUGUUCCAGGAGGAGAUGAUCUAUCGAGUCGCUGCAGCAUGGGAGAAAGCGUUCGAUUGGAAGUCAUUAUAA